CUCUCCUCUUCCUCCCUCUCGUCCCGACACUAGCCCACUAACUUCCUAACCCAAUCACCUCCCCCGCCAUGAAGGUCACCAUCAAGGAGUGGAACGCCGUCGCAACCUGGCGCUGGGACAUGCCCGACGAUGAAGUCUGUGGCAUCUGUCGUGUCCAGUUUGACGGUACCUGUCCGACCUGCAAAUUCCCGGGUGACGAUUGUGCACUGUUGCUGGGAAAGUGCGGGCAUUCAUUUCAUAUGCAUUGUCUCAUGACCUGGAUCCAGCAGGAGUCCUCCAAGGGGCUCUGUCCGAUGUGCCGGCAGAAGUUCGAGUGGAAGCAAAACGAGGAUGAAGAAGAGGAGGAGGACGAUGAAUAAGUCCCUCGGCAUUUCCAUCCUGACCAAACAAGCCAUAAAGGCGUUGAAGGUCUACUACCUAUGAUACCCUACUCUACUACUGUUUACUCUGCGUCUCCAAUCCAGCCCAGUAUUUCUCUUCUAUGUAUAUAAUCCUAGCGCAGAACCAGCCUCGAUGGAUGCAUGCCA